AUGAUUCAAAAUUCUAACACAACCAGUUUGAAGAAGCUAAAUAAUGAAGCUUUGAUUCGUAAAAAAAGUAUAGAGAUUUCGCGGUCUAAACCAGUUGUAACAGUUAAACAUAACAGACGCUAUACCACAGACCAGCUACAAAAAGCUUUAACAGCAAUUAAAUUUGGCAUGCCUAUAGCUAAAGCUUCAAGAGCCUAUAAUAUACCGGCAAGUACGAUUCGAGAUCAUAUGAAAGGCAAUAAAAGGAGAGUCGGUAGACCAUCAGAACUAACUCGUGCUGAGCAAAAUGUAAUCUCGGAUACAUUUAGUCAAAUAUUAUCCUGGGGUUACGAGUUGGACUAUUUUGAAAUUCGAAAAAUAAUUAAAAAUUAUCUUGAUAUGAACGGAAAAACUGUUGAGCGUUUUCGAAACAAUUAUCCAGGCCGAGACUUCGUUACUUCAUUUAUGACAAGGAAUAACUUACGGAAUAGACAAGCAAAGAACACCUUGCCGAGUAGACCUACAAGGAAAAUGAAAGCGAUUAAACUUGCCAUCGAUAAGGAAUGCGAGUAUAUAUCAGAUUUUUAUCUGAGGCUGGAAGCGGUGGGCGAUAUUGAACGUGAAAACUUAUUCAAUUUUGGCGAAAUCAUUAUCCCAAUUGACCCGAAUAUGAGAGAAGUCAUCUAUUAUAGAGGUACACGUAAAAUUGAGUUAGUUAGGGACCAUAUUAAAAAUAGCACCCAUGUAUCAGUAAUGGUUUGUGGAUCAGCGACUGGAGAAUGGCUACCACCUUUCGUUUGUUAUAAGUCCCCCCAUUUAUGUCCUUCAUGGACACUUGGUGGACCACUAGGCACUAUCUAUUCAAACACUGAAUUAGGCUGGUUUAACAUGAACACUUUCCAGCAGUGGUUUGAAUGUAUUCUACUAGCAUACACUAAGGAUCGUCCUGGGAAAAAGCUUGUUAUUGGUGAUAGCAUCAGCAGUCAUUUCUCACCACACCUAGUCCAGUUGGCUCGACAAAAUAGUGUAUGCUUUGCAUAUCUGUCCAGGAAGGCAUUUAAUCUAAAGCAGCCCCUAGAUCAUAUUUUUAAAUCAUGCGAAACAGCAUGGAAAGCUAUAUUGUCUAAAUAUCUGAAAGAAACGCAUCAGGGAAAUAGCACAAUCAUGGUUCACUUUCCCAAGUUGUUGAACGACUUAUGGAACCAAUUAAACCCAGAUAUGGCCAAUUUUUUGAUUAAUGGCUUUAAAGCUACUGGGUUAUAUCCUCGAAAUUCAAAUGCUCCUUUACAGCUCUUGCAUUCUGAAAUUUAA